UUGUGAUUAGGCAUCGACAACCAAAGCAUGACGGCGUUCAAGAAACACCAACCAUUGUAGAAAGUACAUUUGCACCGGUAUAUGCAUCUGUUGUCCGAAGUGGACAUGCAGGUUCGGUUUAUGAAAACACAUCAUCCGUAAAAAUUCAUAACGCACCCAUUACGGUGCGCAAUCCGGCCUAUUGUAACAGCAGUAUGCAACCACAUAUGCCAAUCGAUCGGAGUUCCAAAGCCGAUGAAGACACUUUGGAAAUUGAUGAAUGGGACAAUAUUGCCCGCCAAAAUGCGAUCAAGUUUGAGGAGAACGGAGGGGUGUACUACAACAAUGACGAUAAAAUGAAAAAUCUGAAAAAAACUAUUACAGAGCUGAUAAAAUUGGUGUCGUCCAAUACUAUGGACUAUUACGAAGCCGAGUUCAAGAAACUUCCAUACGGUCUUCUCAAAGACUACAAGGUGUCGCAGAUGACGGUGAACAUCACCAAAAACAGAUAUAAAGGAAUAUAUCCAUAUGACGACCACAGGAUUAAGGUUCAUGGUGAUCACACGGACUACAUUAACGCCAGCUCCAUUGACGGUUACAAAAGGCGAAACGAAUACAUCGCAACAUUAGGGCCAAUGUCUAAACAACUUGGUGAUUUUGGAGCAUUCUGGAAAAUGGUAUGGCAGCAGAACGUGGAGAAAAUCGUCAUGCUUACAAAUCUGGUAGAGGAAGGAAAAGACAAAUGUGAGCAGUACUGGCCCGAUUUUGGUGACAGUCAAACGUAUGGUGGCAUCCGGGUUUCAUGUCAAAUAGAAGACGAGUAUGCCGAAUUCACAAGACGGUCGUUCGCUAUUGUAAAGGACCGACGAACGCGGACUUUGACGCAGUUGCAUUUCACAUCAUGGCCAGACAAGGAUAUACCGGAAGACGUAACGUCGAUCAUCGAAUUCAGACAAUACGUCAUGCAUGCCCAAGCAACACUUGGGGGUCCAAUCAUCGUGCACUGCAGUGCAGGCGUGGGACGAACAGGAACCUACAUUGCUAUAGACAUUCUCACAAAGGAAGGCGAAGCAGAAGGGGCAAUAGAUAUACCCGGCUGUGUAUUAAACAUGCGACAAAACAGGCCGAAUAUGGUUCAGACUGUUGGCCAGUAUAAGUAUCUUCACACCGCAGUUGUUUAUGCUCUGACAAAUGACGUCCCUCCCGUUGCCGGUACAACAUUCCAAGCGUAUAUGGAUACAACGUCAAAGGAUAAAAUCUUCAACAUGUUUAAACAUGUACAAGAUAUGAAAACAUACGGAUUAUUGGAUGUAUCUGAAGCAGUGGAAAAGAACGCCAAACGCGCUGACAAAAACAGAGAUGGGGCUGAUAUUCCAGGAGAUGAAUUUCGCCUCCGGCUUCACCUUAAUCGCAGACCAGGGUCGUCAGACUAUAUAAAUGCAGUUUUCGUGAGUAGUUUUAAAACGAAGAACAAGUACGUCCUUGCACAAACCCCUCUCCCGAAUACGGUCGUUGAUUUCAUCACGAUGCUUGUCCAGACGGAGUGUUCGUGCAUUGUCGAUUUUGAACCAUCAACGAUGCGUAAUGGGAACAUAGGCGAGUAUUUACCCGCGGACAAUCAGGUUUUGAAGAUAGGAGUCUUCAACCUCCGUUGUUCGAGGCCCGAAGCAAAUUCCUACCGCAUUAAACGGACAAUGACUAUUGAACAUCGAGCGAAUAAGCGAAACGCCGAACUGUCUUUAACGCAUCUGGAGUUUACAGACUGGGACAUGGAAGAACCUGUACCAAAAUCUCCGCUUGAUUAUCGGCGAUUUAUUUCCGAAGUUGACGCAGUAACAGCCAGCACGAACUCAGAUAAACCAGUCGUUUUACAUUGUUGGGAUGGUGCAAGUAAAUGCGGCCUAUUUUGUGUUGUUGCAAAUCUUCUCCAGAAGAUGGCGUUAGAACAUGAGGUCAGCGUAGUUAAUGCUGUUAGGACGGUGAAGACCAGAAGAAAGGGCGCGAUCCCAAACCUUGAGCAGUUUCAGUUCUGCCAUGACUGUGUGCUGGACUAUGUGCAGAAUGUCAACAUCUACGCCAAUGUUGCUGCUGAACUCUCAGAUUGCUGAAUGCAGACACUCAGCCAUGACCGUUUUCCGGACUUCAUACAUAUCGUUACAGUGUACUCCAUCAUGACUGUUGAUGUCUCUGAUUGCUCGCUACAUACUGUCUGUCAAGAUUGUCUCCUAUAUUAUAUGAACAACAUCGAUACCUACUUCGAUGUUUCAGCUUAUAUCUUCGAAUGUUGACUAUUUAAUGUUUUCAAUUACUAUUUCUGAAUUACAUUUACAGAUUUUGUAACUUCUACAACUUCGGUGCAGAUCGAUCAGAUCGUUAACUACAGCGUGACGGUAAUGAAAUUGUUACCUGCAACCAGAGAUUUAACAUCUUCUCCAACUUCGCAGCA